AUGGCGUCUGCCACCAGUAUCAUCCAGCGGCUUCGCAACUUCGCGGCGGGGCGAGACUUGCAAGCCAAACUUCAGCUGCGCUACACAGAGAUCUCCAAGCGGACUCAGCCCCCUCCAGCCCUUCCUGUUGGCCCGAGCCACAAGCUGGCAGACAAUUAUUACUGUACUCGUGACGGGCGCCGACAGACUUCCCCUCCAAUCGUCGUCAUCUCAUCGCAGAAAACCUUGGCCCCAGGAGACCAGGCUGCCAGGCAGGAAUCUGCUGUGGCACUAGCCGAGAAACAACCAGUGACGCCUGGCCCUGUUCCUCGGAAACUGGAGCUGUCCAAAGAUGAGCCCUAUUUGUGAAUGGACUGGCAUCCCUUGAGGCUG